AUGGGGGCCGCGCAGGUGGCCGAAAGCUCCAAGGCAGAUGCGAGGAGGUUUAUUCGAGGGGAGCUGACCCCCGCACCCACCUGGCAGGGCGGUGUGUCCAUGCUCAGCCAGAGCCUGGCACACAGCAUGCGCUUCCUAAAUGCGCGCUGUGCCGGCCCUGCUGACUCACUGUGCCGCCCCCUCCCGCCGCCACUGAGCGCCGAUGGGGGCGCCCGGAGCCCAGGCCGCGGGGAGGUCGCCCCGGAGGAGGGCGUGCCCCAGCCUGCACUGCCUGGCAAAGGAAAAGCCGUCCUUGACAAGGGAAACUGGAACAGUUGGAGGGGUUUUGCGCUGACGCCCCCGUGCGGCUCCCCGAUGCUGCCGCUGCUGCUGCUGCUCUGGUGGCCGCCCCCGGGAGGCGCCCUACCUCCGGCCCGGGAGCACUCCCCGGCCUUCCCGGGACCCUCAGACGUGCACUCCAGUCCCGACGUGUCCAGAGUCCGCGAGUUGCGGACACGCUACGAGCACCUGCAGACCAGGCUGCUGUUGAACCAGACCUGGGAAGACUCGAACCCCGACCUCAUCACCGCUGCUCAAGUCCGGAUACUCACCCCAAAGCUGAGACUUGGGCCCGAUGGCCACCUGCGCCUGCGCAUCCUCCGGGCCAACCUGACGGAGGGGCUCCCCGCAGGCUCCCGUCUGCACCAGGCCCUGCUCCGGCUGUCCCCGAGGGCGCCACGCUCGUGGGACGUGACGCAGCAGCUGCAGCGGCAGCUCAGCCUUGGAGCCUCCAGGGCUCCCGCACUCCGCCUGCGCCUGCCGCCGCCGUCGGACGGGUUGCUGGAGGCACUGCCUUCUGCACAGCCCCAGCUCGAGCUGCGCUGGCGGUCCCCCGCCGCCAGGGGGCGCCGCGGAGCGCACGCGCACCCCCAAGACGAGUGCCCGCUUGGGGCGGGGCGCUGCUGCCGCCUGCUGAGCCUGCGCGCGUCGCUCGAAGAUCUCGGCUGGGCCGACUGGGUGGUGGCACCGCGCGAGCUGGACGUGCGCAUGUGCGUCGGCGCGUGCCCGAGCCACUUCCGGUCGGCGAGCAGGCACGCGGAGGUGCUGGCGCGGCUGCACGGCCUGAGUCCUGACGCCGCGCCCGCGCCAUGCUGCGUGCCGUCCAGCUACGAGCCCGUAGUGCUCCUGCACCAGGACAGCGAUGGCCGCGUGACGCUCACGCCCUUCGACGACCUCGUGGCCGGCGGCUGCCACUGCCAGUGAGCGGCCUACUCCUCCACU